AUGAAGUACUACUCAGUUGUACUCUCCCUUCUCAUAGCCCCAGUUUGGGCGCAGAAUCUAUGCACCUCGGACGACAUAGCCAAGAUGGACGUGAGCAGCUGCACAUGUCCUUCUGAUUUCCCAUCUCCAGCAUCCGCUCUGAUCUGCAAUGGAAACUCCAUCGAUUGUCCCAUCACCUGCAGUUCGUCACCACCGUCGCCAAUUAUCCCUCGCGCACAACUAUCACAAUGUUAUUCUGGCUGCAUAAGCCCAAACUCCAGGUGCAACGGCUGCUAUAUCUGGUUUUCCAGUCUCUGCCGCUGUAUCCAAGCCUUCCAAGCCGGAUCACAUACGGAUUGCAUCGCCAGCCCGGUCAUCGGCCAAGGUCCCCCGUUACCUCAACAGUCUCCGUCUUGGGUAGUCCUUGGCUCCGGUAAUCUGAUUACCACCACGCAAUUGAUACCGGGUAUCUUGCAAUUGCAAACCGCAAAUGAUAUCGAUGGUGGCUUCCGUUUGGGUCAGGAUACAAUCAACAGUCAACAGGCUAGAGACUCACUGGCCCUUGCCAUGAACAGUGUCUCUACUCGGUCUGAGGAGCAGAUCCAUAUCCAUUUGUGUGAUAGCACAAAAACUGGUCUAACUGAUAUUCUGAACCAGCUGGAUCGGAAUCAGUACAGAACAUCAAAGCCAGUCCCUCUUGGGGCUUUGCACAAGCCGACUGCGGCUAUGAAUUGUCGUGUUUCGCCAAACUCGGGUGUGGACAUUAACAUGGGCCGUGAUAUUGUUGAGUGGCUGAGUCAAUUCCAUGGCCCGGCAGACUGUGCUCAGUACAAUGUUGGUGCUGGUGUCAUUACUGAUAGCAGUGACUAUACUUGGGCUUGCGUUGUUACGGGCCACAGUGCCGCCGAGAGUCUUUUCUGUCCACCUUGA